GCAGCCAGCAGCCCCGCCGCCGCCGCCUCAGCAGCAGCCCCGCGGCCGCGCACCGGGCUGCGGUCGCCCCCCGCGCCCCGCUUCACCCGCCGCUCCUCCCUCACGGCCCGCCCCCCUCCGUCGCCCCCGCCGCACGCGUCGCUCCCCUCCCCCUUCCCGGACUCGGGGGGCUGCGAGCGAGCUGCCAUGUGAUGCGCAUCCCCUCCGCCUGCUCUCGGUGACCCCAGGACCGCCCACCACGCCGGCGGCCGGGAGGGGGCUGCGGGCUGGGAAGACGCGGGCAAGACCGGCGCAGGAGGACCAAAGUUCCCGGGAAGCUGUCUGCUUCAGGAAGUGAGGGUUCUGGAACAAGAAGGACCUUCAGGAGCUGCUUCACACUGUGACAUGUCUGAUCCCUUGUGCCCGUCACUGCAGCAUGAACAAGGUGGAUGCUCACUGAUCUGUCACAAGGUUGCCUCGCUGAGCGUUGGGGUCCAUGUCUGAAUGGAUCGCUGUAGCCUUCACAUCUCUGCCUCUGCCCCGUUCCCGGCAUCCUAAGACUCGAAGCCAGGACAGGACCUGGGGAAAUUAUAUGGUUUGAACGGCAUGUCUGUGGAUGAGAAGCCUGACUCCCCCAUGUAUGUGUAUGAGUCCACAGUCCACUGUGCCAACAUCCUCCUCGGCCUCAAUGACCAACGGAAAAAGGACAUCCUCUGUGACGUGACUCUGAUCGUGGAGAGGAAGGAGUUCCGAGCCCACCGGGCCGUGCUGGCCGCAUGCAGUGAAUACUUCUGGCAAGCCCUGGUUGGACAGACAAAAGAUGACCUCGUGGUCAGCUUGCCUGAAGAGGUCACGGCCAGGGGCUUUGGGCCACUGCUCCAGUUUGCCUACACUGCCAAGCUGUUACUCAGCAGAGAGAACAUCCGCGAGGUCAUCCGCUGCGCCGAGUUCCUGCGCAUGCACAAUCUGGAGGACUCCUGCUUCAGCUUCCUGCAGACGCAGCUCCUGAACAGUGAGGAUGGCCUGUUUGUGUGCCGGAAGGACAGCGCAUGCCAGCGCCCCCAAGAGGACCAUGGGAACUCUGCAGGAGAAGAGGAGGAGGAGGAAGAGACGAUGGACUCAGAGACAGCGAAGAUGGCUUGCCCCACCGACCCCAUCGGCUUUGAGGCCGCUGCCAUUCCUGUAGCCGAGAAGGAAGCCUUGCUACCUGAGUCUGAGGUACCCACAGACACCAAGGAAAACUUAGAAAAGGAUGCGUUGACACAGUACCCUAGAUACAAGAAGUACCAGCUUGCAUGUACCAAGAAUGUCUACAGUGCGUCCUCACACAGUACCUCAGGGUUUGCAAACACGUUCAAUGAAGACAGCCCAGGCAAUAGCCUCAAACCGGGGCUCUCCAGGGGACAGAUUAAGAGUGAGCCACCCAGUGAAGAGACCGAGGAGGAGAGCGUCACACUCUGCCUGUCUGGAGAUGAAACUGACAUCAAAGACAGACCGGGGGAUGUUGAGAUGGACCGGAAACAGCCCAGCCCUACCCCUACCCCCAGUACCCCUAUAGGAGCCACCUGCCUGGACAGAUCCAGGAAUGUGUCCUCACCUUCCUGUCUACGGUCUCUGUUCAGUAUAGCAAAGGGUGUGGAGUCGUCUGGCCUGCCAGGUACAUCUCAGCAACACUUUGUCAGGAGUUCGGCGUGCCCUUUUAACAAGGGGAUCUCUCAGGGUGACCUUAAAACUGACUACACCCCUUUCACAGGGAAUUAUGGACAGCCCCACGUGGGCCAGAAGGAUGUGUCCAACUUCACGAUGGGGUCGCCGCUCAGGGGGCCUGGGCCGGAGGCUCUCUGCAAACAGGAGGGAGAGCUGGACCGGAGGAGUGUCAUCUUCUCCUCGAGCACGUGUGACCAAGUGAGCACUCCAGUGCAUUCGUAUUCUGGGGUGAGCAAUUUGGACAAAGACCUCUCUGAGCCGGUGCCAAAAAGUCUAUGGGUAGGGACUGGCCAGUCCCUCCCCAGCUCACAGGCCUACUCCCACAGCGGACUGAUGGCUGACCACUUGCCAGGCAGGAUACGGCCCAACACCAGCUGCCCGGUGCCAAUCAAAGUCUGUCCUCGCUCUCCUCCAUUAGAGACCAGAACCAGGACCUCCAGCUCCUGCUCCUCCUAUUCCUAUGCAGAGGAUGGGAGCGGGGGCUCCCCCUGCAGCCUCCCUCUCUGUGAGUUCUCCUCCUCACCCUGUUCCCAGGGAGCCAGAUUCCUUGCCACAGAACACCAGGAACCGGGCCUGAUGGGAGAUGGGAUGUACAACCAAGUCCGACCCCAAAUUAAAUGUGAGCAGUCUUACGGAACCAAUUCCAGUGACGAAUCUGGAUCAUUCUCAGAAGCAGACAGUGAGUCGUGUCCUGUGCAGGACAGGGGCCAGGAGGUUAAACUUCCUUUUCCUGUAGAUCAGAUCACAGAUCUUCCCAGGAACGACUUCCAGAUGAUGAUUAAGAUGCACAAGCUGACCUCAGAACAGUUGGAGUUCAUUCACGACAUCCGGAGGCGCAGCAAGAACCGCAUUGCCGCCCAGCGCUGUCGCAAGAGGAAGCUGGACUGCAUUCAGAAUUUAGAGUGUGAGAUACGAAAGCUGGUGUGUGAGAAAGAGAAGCUGUUGUCAGAAAGGAAUCAGCUGAAAGCAUGCAUGGGGGAGCUCCUGGACAACUUCUCCUGCCUCUCACAGGAGGUCUGCCGAGACAUCCAGAGCCCAGAGCAGAUCCAGGCCUUGCACCGAUACUGCCCUGUCCUCGUACCCAUGGAUCUCCCCGGAGCCAGUGUUAACCCCCCUCCUUUGGGGGUCGAGCAGAGCCUGGCACCCUCCCAGUGUGCAGCAGGAGGAAACGUACCCUGCUGCCUGGAGCCAGGGGCAGCUGCGCCUGGGCUCCCCUGGGUGCCCAGCAACACCUCUGAGAAUUGUACCUCUGGGAGGAGACUGGAAGGCACUGACCCUGGGACCUUCCCGGAAAGAGGACCUCCUCUAGAAGCCAGGAGCCAGUCCGUGACCGUGGACUUCUGCCAGGAAAUGACUGAGAAGUGUACGACAGACGAACAGCCCAGGAAAGAUUACGCCUAGCCGGUACGGUCAGCCCUGCCUCCAGUCCUCACACCGCUCCGGUCAGGCGUUCCUCUGCCGGCCAGUGGCGCUGUUCAUCUGUGUCUCGAAGGACCAAGAGCAAAUCUGGUGCACACUACAGCAGUCUUAGCAAUACUGUUCCGAAGUAUUCCCUCCUCUCCGUAAGCAGGAGUGCCGGUUACCUUCACAAUGGUGCUACCCCUUGCCCCGGCAAGGAAGACAGCAGUGCGGACACUGUCUGUCUGUGGGUUCAUUGCAGACUUCACAGGGAUAGACUACACCUCUAAGACCCAACCACGGAUUUUUUUUCUCAGUGGCCCAUGUCACAAACCCUAUCUCAGGAAUUUCUUCUGAAUGUUCAAUUUUUUUCAUUGAAGACAGCUUCUAUACACAUCAAAGUUUUAUAGCUAUACUGUACAUAUUAUAUAUAAUAUAUAUGAAAUAUAUAUCCAUAUGCAAAAGUCCUGCAUGCCUCAAUUUUCUCAUCCUAAAACUGGAAACUUUGUUUAUCAUUUACAAAAAAAAAAAAAACAGGUUCCAACAUUCCUCUUUUGUCUCUGAUGCCAGAACUGGUUUUGUAACUGUCAACACGGUCAUUUUUCUUGCUUCACAGUUCAGUUUCAAUCUGUACUUAUUUACAGACAAAAUUCAAUGUUGGAAGCUUUUUCUCAAGGUUUAAUCUCAGACCUUUUACUUUUGUGGGUUUGGUUCCGACACCACCGAAUGGUGUCGCGUGAGCAUCGUGGGUCUGUUCUUUUCUCCUUGUGUUCUCUCUUGUUGUUACAGAUACUGUACAGCAAUGGCCAACUGUGCCACUUGCACUGAGUUUUGAGUCAAACCUAUUUUCUUAAAUGAAGUUGUAACUUCAGUCUAACUCAAGUAUAUUGUAUGUUCUUUGCUUUUAGUUAAAAAGUAAAACAUUUUAGCUAAUUUAAAAAGCUCUCAGGUGAUAAUUAUGUAGAAAAAAAAAACCAAUCUUGCCAAAUAAUGAACCCAUCCUAGGAUGUGUAGACAACAAUCUGCUUGACUAUUUUUGUAGCUCACUUACUCCCCACCUUCCCUAAGUAAAAGCUGAAGUGCAGAGAAAUCAGCGCUGACACUGGAUGUUCAGUUCCUACGUGGGGAGAGAAUGUGAUGGCUCACGGGACUGAUAUCAAAGGAACAGGAUCCUGUGGCGUGGGAGAACCCACAGGCAGAGGUGACAAGAAAGCCAAGGGAGACCGGCUUCCUUACCCAGGGAGGAAUCCCGUUCAUGUUGGCAUUUCGUUCCGGCCUCCACGUGCGUGUGUGCUCAGAAAUGUCCGCUUCUCUGAGGGGCACAGCUAACCAGCCAGUCUCCCAACUUUCCUGCCCAGACCUGAGGGUAUUUGAAUCAUAGCCUCGGCCCCCUGUGUUAACAAGCUCAGUGAGAAUAGGAAAGAACACGGCAGCAUCGAGCCUGAGAUCCACGUGGGCAGAGGCUAAUGGGCCCUUUUCCUUCUGUUCUUCAAAUGCUCCCUGUACCAUGAGGGUUUUGUCUCCCCCCCACCCCAUAUCCCAUCCCUUCUCUGAAAGCCCGCUUCGUUCAAGGCAUUGAACAGAUACCCCUAGGAGCCCUCUGCCCAUCCCCAAAACCCUCCCCUCCACACACACCUUUUCCUCCCCAGAUAACAGUCUGCUUCCCUUGCUGAAAACUAGUUUGCUUGCAAACCUAGAGAGCAGCUUCCUUGGCACUAAGGUAUCCUGGCCCAAGCCAUGUUUACGGAAUGUGUGCCCCAAGGAGGCGUCAGCUCCCUCCUCCCAGUGGUCUCUUUCUUCUCUCGGCUCACUCGGUAGCCUGGAGACCGCUCCAGCUGUGCGAAGUUGUCCGGAAAACUGAUGUUGGGAUAGGGUAGAGGGUCGUGGGGGAUAGACAGUUGGUUGACUUUGUUUCCUCAUCUGUGCCAUUGUUCUUGGACAAUAUUAAAGCUGCAUGCGAAAGGGGAAGUUAGUGUAUGGCUAGUAGGCAAAGGUAGAACCCUGGCAACAUAUGUUCUAGUAUUUUUUUAGCUUCUUUCUGUACCAGUAGUAGUGCUAAAUGUUUAAAAUAUGUACGAAUGCCAGAAGCUGUUGGUUCGUGCAGUAGAAUUUAAGGGGGAAAUGACUUCUUUUAAAAUAGGUCCAUUUUUGAAACCUGCCUCUGAGUUUUGAGUAUGUGUGGUGUGUGCGUGUGUGCGUGUGUGUACAGAUUUUGAUACAGCGGGGCUGGAACUGCCAUCCUCAUCACGCCAUUGGCGUUUCUUGGUCUAGUCCAACGGUUCCCUGCUUCACCAGGAGGCCAGCCUUCGUGAAAAGCUGGUAAAGCUAGCAUUUAACCUAAUGUGAAUCACGUGAUGCCCACAGCUGCCUAUGACCAUGCAGGAGUCAGCAGACAGUAUUUUUUUUUUCUUUCUCUUAACUCUCUGAUUGCCUUUUGAAGUGACCUCUUCUAAAGAAACACAAAGGCUUGUUUUCCGCUCGGGCGGUCAGCAGCGCAGAACAGCCUCUCGGCUUGUCUUGUGCUGUCCUGUGCCGCAUUCCACAGUUUACCCCCAAGUUUCUGUGUCACCAGUAGCUCGGCCCUGUGUGGUUCCUAGGGUGGGGGCUGGGGGCCGGGUCUCCUCAUUUCUCUCCGCCCUAACCCCACUCUCUUCUUCCUUCUAUUAGCCUCUCCACCAUUUUUUUUUCCCUCUUCUUCCACCCAAUCUCUGCCAUGGGAACUAAUCUUUAAAACUUACUCUAAAAACUUACUCUAUUACGUUGGUAUUUUUAACAAGUGAUCUCAUUCAGUACCCACCAGGAACGGCAGCUGACUGUGUGUAAUUGCUCAUGGGACAUAUCUGUCCGUUACCGUUCCAAACCAUUGCUUAUCAAAAGCGUACCUGGGUUGAUUCAAAGGGAAGGCUCACUGGGGACCAGAAUCUUAAAUUCUUCAAGUAGAAUUCAGAAACCCCCCCCAAUCUGUCCUUCCCUGGGGUCCCUCUGUCCGUCUCGUUCUCUCUAUAGAAAAGAGAAGGGACGAGAACAGAGGAGAGUGUUUGCAUAUUAAGGGGACAUUUAGUUGCAUGUUUGAAGGUCUUUUCUUUUGAGGAUAUAGGACACUCCAAUCACAGGCUGUAUAGGAGGGUCACAGUGGCAGCCUGGUUGGGUUUCCCUGAGGCUGAGGGGUGAAUGUGAAGGUCCAGGGCUGGCACAGGUGACGCUAAGACUGACAGAAUCCUUCCCAGACACAGCCCUCCCUUGGAGCAGCCUUUGUCUCCCUGUGUCAGGUUGCCCAGGCUGUAGGCAGCUGUGUGCUUAGCCAUGUGUGUUUAUUUCUCUGCGUUAUCUGGGGGUGCCUUGAAUAAAGUCGAAACUUCAUGACUUCCUGAUUCUGGAACAAAGCAGUUAUUAAAAAAAAAAAAAAACUUUUUUAAAA